AUGUGGCUUUUGACUGCUCUGCUCCUUUGGGUUCCAAGUGGUGAACAAGUGGACCUUCCAAAGGCAGUGAUCACCUUGCACCCUCCAUGGCUCAAUGUGUUCCCAGAGGAAAACGUGAAUUUACAGUGUGAGGGCCCGAGUUUGCCUGGAGACAGGUCCACCCUGUGGUUUCACAACAGCUCAACUAUUCAGACCCUGAUACCUAGUUACAGCUUCACUGCUACCAGCUUCAAGGACAGCGGUGAAUACAGGUGCCAGACGGGGCUCUCAAUGCCAAGUGACCCUGUGCAGUUGGAAAUCCAGAGAGACUGGCUGAUCCUCCAGGUCUCUCGCUGGGUCCUCACCGAAGGAGAAUCUCUGGCUCUGAGGUGUCAUGGAUGGAAGAAUAAGUGGGUGUACAACAUGGUUUUCUAUCAAAAUGGCAAAAGCUUUAAGUUUUCCCAUCACAAUCCUGAAUUCACCAUUGUGAAAACGAACCUGAGUCACAAUGGCACCUACCACUGCUCUGGGAUGAGUCGGCAGCGAUACACAUCAGCGGGAGUAGACAUCACUGUGCAAGAGCUAUUUCCAGCCCCGGUGCUGAGAGCAUCCUUGUCAGGACCCCUCCCAGCGGGCCAUCCUGUAAACCUGAACUGUGAAACUAAGUUGCUCCUGCCAAGACCUGGUUUGCAGCUUUACUUCUCCUUCUAUGUGGGCAGCAAGACCCUGACACACAGGAACAUAUCCUCUGAAUACCAGAUACUAACAGCUAAAAGAGAAGAUUCUGGGCUAUACUGGUGUGAGGCAACCACAGAAGAUGAAUCUGUUGUCAAGCGCAGCCCUGACCUGGAGCUUCAGGUGCUAGAUAUCGAGUCAUCAAUUCCUACCUGGCUUCAUGUCUUUUUCUACGUGACAAUGGGACUACUACUUUUGGUGUGUACUAUUCUCUUUGUGACAAUACGAAAGAAACUCCAAAGGAAGAAAAUGUGGGAUUUUGAAAUCAUGUCAUCCUGCCAAAGGGGAAAGGAAAAUUCUUACUUUCAAAAAAGUAGCAAUCCAGAGGGAGACGUGACAUCUCAGGAACAAGAACAGCUUCAAGAAAGGAUAGACCAGAAGGAGCUCCGGGGGAGAGAGCAGCAAUAA